CCAUUCCUCCAUCCCUCCAUUCCUCCAUUUCAACUAUUUAUCAACCCCAUUUACAUCCCUCAGGAUGUUCCCAACGCCCAAUGCCAGUAGUACGAGUGCUUCCAGGAGUGAAAACUCACUCCAAACCACUCAUUCCUUGCCUUCAUGGCCAGCCCAGGCCACUCUUGUUGCUCUUACCACAUCCCAAGGUAUUGCGGCCGGGGCAGCGCAAGGCCAUCAUGAACAUUCUGCAGGCUUUGCGUGUCCUGAAGAGAAAGCGGCGGACAUGCGUGGGGAAAAUAUUACAUGCCGCAGAGGCUGCGCUAAGUCCCUAAUUACACAAGUACGAACGCAUGUCAGAUCCUACCACAAGCCUGGCCUCAAGUUCCAUCAACGUUGUGGAAGGUACUUCAACAACCAGGCUGAGUACGACGGGCACGCAGCGACAUGCCGUUCAAGCAAAUUGUGGCGGCGAACUAGAAAUGCCAAGGAAGAAGCUUGGAUGGAGUUGUAUGAUUUCUUGCACCCAGGUACUCGUCGACCGAGCAGCCCUUAUAAUCGUUCCGCUCCAGUCAUUGGAGAGUUUCCCGAUUCUGGCGGAACUUCGGUUCCUACCUUCGAGUCCCAAGCAAUCUUCGCGUCCCAACCAACUUUCGAGUCCCAAGGAAUCUUCGAGUCCCAAGCAAUCUUCGAGUCCCAAGCCAUCGCUACGGAUCAGCAUAUGGGGCAACACUUAGCGUUGGAGGAGUGAGCUUCCUUUGAUGCAGUUUUUGCAUGGGCUGAUUACAUGCACUCUUCUAUCAACGAUGGCCGGGAUGACGAUCAUAUUAACAUGGCUGACGUCGUGAAUGGUUAGCUAGGUAAUGUAAGAGAUUCGAUGUCUAGCGCCCUAUUUCCCAAAUUGCCGCAGUUUCUUUUCAGCCUUUUAGAAUAUGCUUUCAUUACCAUGAUAUGUGUUG